ACGGUUUACAGCAGUCAUUGUAAAACAGUUUGCCAAGUAAAACAGUCUGGCGUCAAAAUUCUAGUACAUAUUUUUGUUCUGUUCUUUGCCCAAUUAUAAAGGCAAAGAUGUUUCGUACUCUAAGUGCCACGUGCAAUUUGUCUAGAAAACUAAACCAUUAUCUUCACACGAGCAAUAUUAUCAGGCACAAUGUAAUUCCGAACUCCGUUCCUAUAAAUGAAAAAUCUACAGAGUCCGAACAGCUUCGUAAUUUACGUCUGGCUAUAACACCAAGCUAUGGUUAUGGUUCUAAUAGUUACGAUGAUGAUGGGGACUCUCUAACUUAUUCAUCUACUCUAGCUGGCGAUCCGAGACAUGUGCAAAUGCGUCAGGAUAUUCGAAAAGAGGUCCUUGAAAAAUGGAAGAGGCCGAAACCAGAUUCGCAGCGAGAAUGGUUGAAAAAUCUGAUGUUUAUCUAAAAUAU